AUGGCCCAGAGAAACUACCCAAACGAGCCAGUAGUAAUUGUCGGGAGUGGAUGCCGCUUCCCAGGGGUUGCGAACACGCCCUCCAAAUUAUGGGACCUCCUAAAGGAGCCACACGAUGUGCAGAGCAAGAUUCCAAAAGAGAGGUUCGAUGUUAACACGUUCUACCACCCCGACGGCACUCACCAUGGACGCACAAACGCACCCUACGCAUAUUUCCUCAAAGAGGACUUGCAUGCCUUUGAUGCGCCUUUCUUCAAUAUCCAGGCUGGAGAGGCUGAGAGUAUGGACCCUCAGCAGCGGCUCCUGCUGGAGACGGUGUAUGAGGCUGUAUCGAACGCGGGAAUGCGGAUUCAGGACCUCCAAGGGUCAUCCACGGCUGUUUAUGUUGGCAUGAUGACGCAUGAUUACGAGACUAUUUCGACACGCGACUUGGAGAGUAUUCCCACUUACUCCGCCACGGGAGUGGCCGUGAGUAUUGCCUCGAAUCGCAUCUCGUACUUUUUCGAUUGGCAUGGCCCGAGUAUGACAAUUGAUACGGCAUGCAGCUCAUCUUUGGCUGCCGUGCAUCUUGCCGUGCAACAGCUCCGCAGUGGACAAAGCAACAUGGCCGUUGCCGCUGGCGCCAACUUGAUCUUGGGACCUAUGACUUUUGUGCUCGAGAGCAAGCUGAACAUGCUGUCACCCACGGGUAGGUCCCGUAUGUGGGAUGCUGAUGCUGAUGGCUAUGCCAGAGGAGAGGGAGUGUGUUCUGUAGUCCUCAAAACUUUGAGCCAAGCUUUGAAAGACGGCGAUAAGAUUGAAUGUGUCGUCCGGGAGACCGGAAUCAACCAAGACGGACGUACAACGGGCAUCACAAUGCCUGACCACAACGCCCAAGAGGCCCUUAUUCGUGCCACAUAUGCCAGAGCAGGCCUGGAUAUUACCAACCCUGAGGAACGCUGCCAGUUCUUUGAAGCCCAUGGAACAGGUACACCAGCUGGAGACCCACAAGAAGCGAAUGCCAUCGCAUCAGCCUUCUUUGGACACAAAGAGGGAUCGGAUGGCAAGAAUGCAGGCCAUGAUCCUCUGUUUGUUGGAAGCAUCAAGACAGUCGUCGGUCACACUGAAGGCACCGCUGGUAUUGCUGGCCUGCUAAAGGCUUCCUUGGCUGUACAGCACGGUGUGGUUCCGCCAAACCUGUUAUUCAACAAACUGAGCCCUCGUGUAGCUCCUUUCUAUAAGCAUCUGGAAAUUACGACGGAGGCUAUCCCUUGGCCGACGGUUGCGCCUGGCCAGCCUCGCAGAGUCAGUGUCAACUCAUUCGGUUUUGGUGGAACCAACGCGCAUGCGAUCGUAGAAGAGUACUUGGACCCAAGUCAGAGCACUACCUCAACCGAAACUACCGCAGAGACAGACACAUCCUGCCUGCCUAUUGUUCUUUCAGCGAAAUCACAGAAGUCCAUGAAAUCCACGCUGGAAAGCAUGAUUCAAUUUAUUGACACACAGCAAGUCAACCUGCAGGAUCUAGCAUGCACUCUGCUCAAAGAGCGAUCAAUUUUGCCAUUUCGUCGCGCUGUUGCCGGACACAAGAAGGAGACCCUCCGACUUGCCCUAGAGGCUGCCGUUGAGGAUGGUAACGUCUUGACUGACUUCACCACCGAUAUCAAGGGCAAGCCUCGCGUACUGGGCGUCUUCACAGGACAGGGUGCGCAAUGGCCAGGCAUGCUGAAGGAGCUUCUAGUUGGCAUGCCAUUCGCGGCAACUAUUAUCGAAGAGCUAGACGAAGCGCUGAGAACACUUCCAGAGAAGUACCGACCGUCAUGGACACUGCACGACCAGUUGCUACUAGAGGGUGAGGCCUCUAAUGUCAGGCAUGCUAGCUUCUCGCAGCCACUGUGCUGCGCUGUACAGAUUGUACUGAUUCGACUUCUUUCUGCUGCGGGUAUACAAUUUAGUGCGAUUGUCGGCCACAGUUCCGGCGAAAUCGCCUGUGCUUUUGCAGCAGGAUUCAUCAGUGCCGCCCAAGCUAUCCGGACAGCUUAUCUCCGUGGUAUCGUCUCCGCGGAGUAUGCAACUUCACCAAGUGGACAGGGCGGUGCUAUGUUAGCGGCAGGCAUGUCUUACGACGAUGCAAAGGAACUUUGCGAACUCGAGGCCUUCGAAGGGCGAGUCUGCGUUGCCGCCAGCAACUCACCGGAUAGUGUGACUAUCUCUGGUGAUAUGGAUGUAAUUCAGCACGUGCAAGGUGUUUUGGAGGACGAAUCCACUUUCGCAAGACUUCUGAAGGUGGACAAGGCCUACCACUCGCACCAUAUGCUUCCCUGUGCAGCGCCAUACGUUCAGAUGUUGAUAGAAUGCGGCUGUGCCGUUGCCGAUGCCAAACCGGCACCCUCCAGCGUUGUCUGGUAUUCGUCUGUCCACGAGAGCAACAAAAAGAUGGCUCCAGAGGAUGUGACUGCCCUUUAUUGGAAGGAUAACCUUGUAUCUCCCGUCCUUUUCUCCCAGGCCAUCCAGAAAACCGCUGUAACCUGUCGUGGGCUACAAGUUGGCGUCGAAGUGGGCUGCCACCCUGCGCUCAAGGGACCUUGCCUCGCCACUGUCAAACAUGCCCUUAAUAGGACAGAGUUUCCGUAUACAGGAUGCUUGGAGCGAGGAAGCAACGACAUGGAUGCUUUUGCACGAGCACUUGGAUUCCUCUGGGAGCGCUUUGGUAUCCCAAGUGUCGAUGCCGCCGGCUUCGUAAAACAAGUCUCGUCUCAGCGACCUUUUCAGAGCCUAGCGAAGAUGCUGCCAUCAUAUCCCUGGGAUCAUUCUCGUAGCUACUGGACCGAGUCACGCUCUACCCGUCAGCACCUUCGCGGGCAACAUCCUCAUCUCUUGCUAGGAAAGCUGUCGUCCACCGCAUCAACAUUCCAGUGGACCAAUUUCGUCAGACCACGCGACCUUGAGUGGCUGGAUGGCCAUGCUCUCCAGGGACAAACUGUCUUCCCUGCCGCUGGGUACAUCAUUAUGGCAAUGGAAGCUGCCAUGCGUGUGGCUGAUGACCAUGGCAUCAAAGUCCAGCUCCUCGAGAUCUUGGACAUGAGCAUCGAUAAGGCUGUCGUAUUUGAAGAUGGAAACAGUUUGGUGGAGCUCCAGCUCUCGGCCAAUGUCAUCGGCGAGCCCGGCGAGGAUAGCAUCAUAAUACUCAAGUUUUUCAUCGACUCGUGUCUGGCCAAGGAGAGUGAACUUUCGACUUCGGCCAAGGGAGAGAUCAUCAUCACGGUAGCUGACAAGUCAUCGUCGCCUGGCAACAAGCUGGUUUUGCCACCACCCGAGGCAGAGCACCCCCAAAUGAACAGGGUCAAUAUCAAGUCCUUUUACAAGGAGCUUGACCUGAUGGGCUAUGAUUACAGCAAGGACUUCCGCCAUCUGCAAACUAUGAGAAGGGCUGACGCGAAAGCCACCGGCACAUUUACUUUCCUCAAACUGAAGGACACAGUACGCAACCAGCUUCUGCUGCUGCACCCGGCACCUUUGGAUAUCGCUUUCCAGACCGUCAUUGGGGCCUAUUCCUCACCAGGCGAUCGGCGUCUCCGCUCACUAUACGUCCCCACUCAUAUCGACAAAUUCGCUUUGGUUCCUUCGCUCUGUCUAUCGGCUGCUGAGUCUGGUGCAGACGAGCUCGCUUUCAACACGACCAACACGUACGAUAAAGGCGACUUUCUAAGCGGCGACAUCGCCGCGUUCGAUUCGGAGAAGAGGACCCUUUUCCAAGUUGAGAAUAUUGUAUUCAAACCUUUCUCACCCCCAACUGCAUCCACAGACCAUCGGAUCUUCGCCAAGUGGUUUUGGAAUCCCCUCACGCCGGACAAGCUGCUGGAUAACCCAGCACAUUGGGCUACCGAGCAGGAUAGGAAGACCAUACCGAUUAUUGAGCGCAUUGUUUACUUUUACAUCAAGUCCUUCCUCGGCAAGGUUACCGAUUCCGUUUACGAAAACGCUGCCUCCCACAUAAAGAGACAGAUUGACUGGUUCAAGCACAUUCAGACCGAGGCUCAAGGGGGCCGCGACAUGUGGUACCACGCGUCUUGGGAAAAUGACAGCUACGCUGGGAUCCAGAAAAUGUAUGAGAGUAACUUGUACCACCCGCAUGUCCGCCUCGUCCAAAGGGUUGGUGAGAACUUGCUCUCGAUAGCCCGUGAGGGCCAGAGCCCAUUCGAUCUUAUGGACCACGACGGCUUGUUGACCGAGUUCUAUACCAACAAGCUGAGUUUUGGUCCAGCCUUGUACUACGCCCAGGAUCUAGUAGCCCAGAUCGCUCAUCGUUUCCAAUCUAUGGAUAUUCUCGAAAUUGGCGCGGGUACUGGCGGAGCUACAAAGCACAUUCUGUCGACACCGCAGCUAGGAUUCAACAGCUACACGUAUACGGACAUCUCGACAAGUUUUUUCGAGCAGGCUCGUGAGAAGUUUGCAGAGUUCGACAUGGAGGGGCGUAUGCAAUUUGAGCCACUUGACAUACGUCGAAGUCCAGCGGAACAAGGCUUCAAGGAGCACUCUUACGAUCUGAUUAUUGCAUCCAAUGUCCUCCAUGCUACACCUAAGCUUGAGGAGACUAUGGCAAACGCCAGGUCUUUACUUAAGCCAGGUGGUCACAUGGUUAUCCUCGAGAUCACUCACCGCGAGCAUAGCCGCCUCGGCUUUAUUUUCGGGUUGUUCCCCGACUGGUGGGCUGGCGUUGAAGACGGCCGGGCUUUGGAGCCUUUUGUCUCAUUUGACCAGUGGAACACCAUUCUGAAGCGUGUUGGGUUCUCGGGCAUCGAGAGCCGCACUCUUGAUCGGGAUGCCAACCUAUUCCCCACAUCGGUCUUCAGCACAUACGCCACGGAUUCCAAGAUCGAGGGGCUGUAUAAUCCUCUAUGUGCUCCUCUCAAGACAUCCUACCCACCGCUGGUCCUCGUUGGCGGCGAGUCCCCAGAGACACAACGCAUUAUGAAGGAGUUGACUGCUACUCUGCCGCACAGAUCUAUCCAGUCUGUCGCUCGCCUUGAUGAACUUGCUUCGGCGGACCUGCUGCCAAAGUCCACCUUUGUUGUUUUAUCCGAAGUCGACGAGGAGAUCUUCGCUCAUCUAGAAGAGGACAGGUUCGAGGCCGUCAAAUCUCUCCUUUUCCUUGCUGGGAAUAUGCUGUGGCUCACAGAAAGUGCCUGGAUUGAUCACCCGCACCAGGCCAGCACUAUUGGUAUGCUGAGAUCCAUCAGACGAGAGCAUCCAGACCGGGGUCUGAGCAUCAUCGAUGUCGAUUCUGCAAAGAACUUGGACACUAAAUUCUUGGUCGAGCAACUACUUCGUCUUGAGGACAGUGACGAUGACUUCGUCGCAUCAUCGACGUGGACUGACGAGCCUGAAGUAUACUGGUGCAAGGGUCGUGCCUGGAUUCCUCGCCUAAAGCACGACAUAGUCAGGAAUAACCGCAUGAAUUCGUCUCGUCGCCCUAUAUUCGGCUACUUUGACCCCGCCAAGACACCUAUUGCGUUGAAACAAACGAAGCCAUCGUUGUACUAUCUCGAAGCCGCUGAGACGUUCCCGCCUUUUGGUGACACUCAUAAAGUCGAAAACACAACUAUACGUGUUCGUUACGCUCUUGCACAAGCUAUACGUGUGGGCAACCUCGGAUACUUCUACCUUGUGCAGGGAAGGACUCUGGGCGGCGCGUCUGUGAUAGGCCUGGCGGAGCAGAAUGCCUCCAUAGUCCAAGUCCCAAGAAGGUAUGUCUUUACCAUGCCGAGCAACAUGGCGGAUAAGGACCACAGUGAUUUCUUGUCAUCAGUGGCAGCGACUCUCAUCGGCGAGACAAUUCUCCACAGAACUGAAGAUUUCGACACCAUGGCAUCGGUUCUAGUCUUCGAGCCACCGAGCUUUUGCAUCGGCACUUUCCUGGAGGAGGCCAAGAGACGGGAUGUUCAAGUUUACUUUGCCACAACAUCGGCGAGCUUGAAGAGUUCCUCUCCAAGCUCCGCUCGUUGGGUCAGCUUACACGGGAAGGAAACUGAUGGUCGGCUGAAGCAGCUGCUCCCAACGAAUGUCACGGCUUUCUUUGACAUGUCAGUAAACCAGACCGCCGUCGGGGUUGGCCACCGCUUGGCCAAUGUGCUUUCUCCUAGUUGCUUCAAGUAUGGUUGCGAUUAUGUCGUCCGCGAUACCUCUUCUUCGUCCAAAGGUUCACAACAAGAGGCACGCAUUGUCGAACAAUCGGUUGCUGCUGCAGCAGGCAGGACUAUCGGCAAAGAUGCCGUUGAAAUCUUACCCGCGGACCAGCUCUUCAGCUCGAUUAAUGGGCGUCUGGGCCUCCCCACCCUAAUUGACUGGAAGACGGAGAAGCGAUUGUCGGCGAGAAUUCGCCCGGUUGAUUCUGCUAAGCUCUUUGUUGACGACAAGACAUACUUGCUUGUCGGCCUUACCGGAGACCUGGGUCGCUCGCUGGCCCGGUGGAUGAUCUUGCACGGUGCUAAGUAUGUUGUGCUGACCAGCAGGAAUCCUCGGGUUGAUCCCAGAUGGAUAGCUCACGUCGAAGCCUUGGGCGGAAAGAUUACCGUAUUGCCAAUGGAUGUCGCUAACGAAGAGUCGGUCGACGCUGGUUUGGCUAAGCUCAAGGAUUUUAUGCUGCCGCCCACGGCCGGCAUUGCGUUCGGGCCAUUAGUUCUCCAGGAUAUUAUGCUCAAGAACAUGGACCUCCAGUCGAUGAACAUGGUUUUAGAGCCCAAGGUACGAGGAGCACAAAUCCUCCAUGAAAGGUUUUCCGACCCGGCCAGCAGCAACUCACUUGACUUCUUCGUCAUGUUUUCGUCAAUUGUAGCAGUGAUGGGUAAUCCAGGCCAGGCAAACUACAGUGCUGCAAAUGCCUACCUGCAGGCUUUGGCCCAGCAACGGUUGACCAAUGGAUUGGCAGGUUCAACUAUCGACAUCGGAGCCGUUUACGGUGUCGGAUUCGUCACCAGGGCCGAACUUGAGGAAGACUUCAACGCAAUCCGGUUUAUGUUCGACUCGGUUGAAGAACACGAACUUCAUACAUUGUUUGCCGAGGCCGUUGUAUCUGGGAGACAGGUGCUCACGAAGUAUCAGAACGGGGAGCAACACGAAAAGACUGUGAUCGAAAUGGCGGACGUCGAGUUGACCACGGGUAUCCCAGCACUUGACCCCGCCCUCAAGGACCGAAUCACUUUCUUCAACGAUACUCGGGUUGGAAACUUCAAGAUUCCCGAGCAGCGCGGAGACAUUGGGGAAACCGGAGCUGGGGCCAAGGGUUCAGUGAAAGAACAACUGCAGCAGGCAACUACGCUGGGUCAAGUUCGACAGAUUGUCAUUGAUAAUCUAUCAGAAAAGUUGCGUGUCGCACUGCAAAUUCCGGACGGGGAGAGCGUUCACCCGGCCAUCCCUCUGAUAGACCAAGGGGUUGACUCCUUAGGAGCCGUCACUGUCGGUUCUUGGUUCUCGAAACAGCUGCUUCUCGAUCUUCCGCUGCUGAAAGUGCUGGGCGGCGCAUCUGUGGCUGAUCUUGCCGACGACGCCGCCGGACGACUGCCACCGAGCGCCAUUCCAUUGGUGAGCCAAGGGGAGGAGGCCGCAGAAAGCUCCGAAAAUACUACGUCCAGCACAUCACCAAACGACACCCCCGUAGAAACUACCCUUACUAGUCCAGUGGAAUCGGUGACAGACGAGGAUGAAAACGACGACGAGCCUAUUGCUGUGCGGCACGAGAAAAUGUCUUUAGUUCAGGAGUACUCCUGGAAGGUUCAACAGGAGGUUGAGGACCCUACCAUCUUUAACAACACCAUUGGCAUGUUCAUGAAAGGUGGUAUUGAUUUAGAACAGUUUGCGAGGGCUUUGAAGGCCGUGAUGCGUCGCCAUGAGAUAUUCCAAACGGCAUUCACCUUGAAGGGUGGUGAUAACGACAAAAUCCCUGAGCAAACAGUCCUUAAGCGCUCGAACAACAAGGUCCAGAUUUUGCAGGUUGCCGACCGAGCUGCUGCAGAAGAAGGGUACCAAAAACUCCAUGAGACAAAAUAUGAUAUUGCGGUGGGCGACACACUCAGACUCGUUGAUUUCUACUGGGGCAAGGACGAGCAUCUGCUAGUAGUCGCCUACCACAGACUCGUUGGCGAUGGAUCGACGACGGAGAACGUCUUUGUCGAAGCAGCGCAACUUUACAGUGAUGUGGCAUUGAGGCAGCCAACAACUCAGUUUGCUGAUCUUGCUGCACAACAGCGGAAGGAUCUUCAAGAUGGCCGACUUGAAGAGGAUAUCUUGUUCUGGGAGUCUAUGCACAGCAAGCUAUCAAUAUCGGCACCGCUGCCCCUCAUGCGGCCCUUGAUGAGUGAGGAUGCACCGUCGCAAGAACAAAAGUCAGCACUGCGUACCUGGCAACAGUACGAAGCAAUUGGACGUCUGGACCCUAUGGUCGCCUUCCGAAUCAAGGAACGCAGUCGAAAGCACAAGGCGACGCCGAUGCAGUUCUACCUGGCAGCCUACCACGUAUUGUUAUCACGCAUGACGGGCAGCAAGGACAUCACCAUCGGCAUUGCUGACACCAACCGCUCCACCAUGGAUGAAGUAUCGGCCAUGGGCUUCUUCGCCAAUCUGCUUCCUUUGCGGUUCGGCGAGUUCACCGCUUCCAACACGUUCGGUGAGCAUUUGGUGUCCACCAAGGACAAUGUAAGGGAGGCGAUGAAGCAUGCUCGAGUGCCUCUUGGAGUUAUCCUCGAUCGUCUCGGCUUCGGUUUGCCGACGAAAACGACGAGCGCCCCAUUAUUCCAAGCUGUUUUCGACUAUAGGCAAGGCCAGGCCGAGAGUGGCACGGUUGGUGGUGCCGUCAUUACCGAAGUCAUUGCUUCCCGAGAGCACACUCCUUACGAUGUGGUGCUCGAAAUGUCGGACGAUCCCACGAAGGACCCUCUCAUCACCGUCAAGCUGCAGAGCUCCAAGUAUUCUUCACAGCAUCCCCAAGCUUUCCUGAAUAAUUACAUUUCCCUCCUCUCGAUGUUUUCUAUGAAUCCCGCUUUGAAGCUGGCAUAGAACUUCUUUUUCCCUUGGUAUCUAGAAUUUAUUAUAGAUUCACAGAGCAGAAGCCGAAAUAAAUACAUUUUCAUACCCGAACCUUAAACAACGACUCAUUAUAGAAUAAGCCGAGUCACACGGUCAGGCGCUUAGGCGCAGGCGGUACAGAUUAACCAUGACCUGGACACGCCGGUCACUCCAUACCCCGACUGAUAACGCGAACGUCGGUGUGGAAAUCGAUGCCGAGUACGAGAUAGAUCCCAACUACCUACACGCC